AGGACCGUCUGGAGCGCUCAUUCAAUCACAGUCAAUCCUCUAUCAAAUCAGUCAAGUUGUUGAAGCUUUUCAAAGCAAAACCAAAAAUCUUACAAAAUGUUCGCUAAGUUGAUCAUCCUUGCCGUUGCCAUCGCUGCCGUCGCUGCCCGUCCAGGUACCGUCAGUGUGGUGAGCUCUGUGGCCGCCCCAGCCGUGGUUGCAACCCGUAGCUACCAUGGAGUUGUUCCAGCUGCCGUCUCGACCUACUCCAACGUCGUUGCCCCAGCUGCCGUGACCGCCUACGCUUCCCCAUCGGUUUACACUUCCUACUCGGCCCCGGUUGCCUACUCUGCCUACGGAAGCCCAGCUGCCUAUGUUGCCGGAGUUCCAACCGCUUACUCGUACGGAGUUCCAGCUUACAGUCAUCACGUCUACUAAGCGAGACGGAUGGAAGUGCUCUUCCCGAGAUUCCCCCGGAUUCACAACCACCUCCUCCGAUGAUGAUUUAGCAUCCGUCACUGGCUACGAUUUUCUUUUUGCGAACUGAGUAUACCGCCUUAUGAAAAAAUAUUUACGAUAGGAAAGCAACAACAUUCUCUGUCUGAUCAACUGUGAAAAUUACAAACAAACAAACUCAUGGAAAUACAGUUUUAAACUACUGAA